CGACGAGGAGAAACAUGGCGGCUCACUGUUCAGCUAUGGUGUCUUUAUUUACGUUUAGUUUACUAUCUUUUUUAAGACAGAGGCUUGUGUCCAAAGCCACUUUUGAGUAGGAGUUUAAUUUAAUUGUUAGUUUGUGUUUCGGUCAGACGACCUGCUUUGUUCGAGCAGUUCGGACACCGACUGUCAGAUUUCAUAUCAGUUUUGCUCGGCUGUCAAUCUGUUCGUCGGUGAAGGGCUGCGAUUGAUUGAGAUUUGUAAUCGUGCUAAAUCGGUAACACAACUGUAAACGCAGCACACACUGAGGGUAAUAUUCGCAAUGUUUAACCCCGUAAAUUCCUCUUACUUCAGAGUCAGUCCAGCCAUUGUCGACCGAGAACUCGGCAAGACCAAGAUGAGAUAGCAAGAGGGCACGUCGGAGUGCUAACACGCGUUUUGCUGCAUAACUAACAGAAACACACAGAGACAGAGAGGAAAACCAGGAACAACUCAGAAUGUUUGGAAAUCUUUUUGAAGAAGAGGAGAACGAAGGCUUCUCUUCAGCCUCCUCCAAAGUACGAAGUGCCAAAGGGGGCGACGAGCCACCUCCUCCCCGUGGAAGGAGCAAUCUGUGCGGCAUCAAGAACCAGGGAGGGACGUGCUACCUGAACUCUCUGCUCCAGACUCUGCUGUUCACCCCUGAGUUCAGAGAGAAGCUGUUCCAGUUGGGGCCAGAAGAAUUGGGAUGUCUCGAUGACAAAGACAAGCCCGGAGCGAAAGUCAGAGUGAUUCCCCUGGAGCUUCAGAGGCUGUUUGCUCGUCUGUUACUGGUGGACCAGCAGAGCGCCUCCACCACUGACCUCACCGCCAGCUUUGGCUGGAACAACAAUGAGAGGACAAGUCAACACGACGUGCAGGAGCUGAACAGGAUCCUGUUCAGUGCUUUGGAGCACUCUCUUGUGGGCACCAGUGGCAGCACGUUUAUCCACCACCUGUACCACGGGACCAUUGUCAACAGCAUUGUCUGCAAGGAGUGUGGAAACGUCAGCCAGAGACAGGAAGACUUCCUGGACCUGACGGUGUGUGUUUGUGGUGUAUCGAGCCUGGAGGAGGCUUUAUGGAACAUGUUUGUGGAGGAAGAGUUGUUUGAGGGCAGUAACCUGUAUCGCUGUGCUCAGUGUGACAGACUGGUCACUGCUGCCAAGUCUGCCAAGCUGAAACAGCUGCCUCCAUUCAUGACCAUGUCUUUGCUGAGAUUCAGCUUUGACUUUACGAAACUUGAGCGGUACAAGGAGACGGGAUGCUACAGUUUCCCCCUUACCAUCAACCUAAGACCGUUUUGUGAACAGACCGAUGGAGCAGACUCUGAUUUCACCUACGAGUUGUUCUCGGUGAUUAUCCAUAAGGGAGGCUGCUACGGAGGCCAUUACCAUGUUUACAUCAGAGACAUUGAUGAACUUGGCCAGUGGAAGCCUCCGGAAGAGGACUGCAAACCCAAAACUCAGAAGAAAAUCAAUCAAGUCAAGGAAUCCUGUGAACAGAAACCACAAGACGACGAUCCUUUGUUUGUUCUCACGACAAUAGUUGCCCAGGAGUCAUUGAAGAGUGUUCUGGUGGACCAGCUGGGUCAAAAGCUCAUGGAUAAAAUUGGCUCAUCCUGGAGCAAAAAGUUCAGAAAACAGUAUGGUCCAAUUGGAAAGUUCCUGCAGUCCCACAGCGAUGUUUUCAUGCUGGUGUCAAAUGGGACUCGCGUGGCGCUGAAGGCAAACCCACCAGUGACUGAGACCUCCACUUCAGCAGAACAUACUCCAAACUCUGGCACUUCGACAGCUCCUGAUCCGAGAUGUUCAGAUCAACAGCUGGACACAAGCCAAGAGCCUUCAUCAAAACCAGAGCAGGGCAGCCACUGGUUUGACCUGAACGACUCCACUGUGACCUCCAUCAGGGAGUCGGACAUAGAGAAGCAGUUCCAGGGCAAAGAGAGCGCCUACAUGCUGUUCUACAGAAAAACACAGCUGCACAGGCCAAAUGAAGCUCUGAAUAAUCCCCAGUACAAAGUUCCUUCUCAUCUCAUCCAGAUGGCUCAGGAUGAGAACAUCAAGCUGCAGCAGAUGCGUGAGGUGUUUGAAGCCAGUAAUAACACGGUGGAGCUGUGUUUGCACCUGGCACCUUCCUACAGGCUGGUAAAUGGAGCCCUGCAGCCCGUCAGCCAACAACCAAGUGCAAUCACUACCUUGAGCUUUGACCGGAGGAGGAAUGUAGGAGAUCUACGCAUCACUCUGUAUCAGAUGCAGGAGCUCUGGGAAGGAGACAUGGCUCUGACUGUGGCCAAGAGCCUUCCUGCAGGUCUACACCUCUACAAUACCCUCACAGACGACAGCGUGUCCCUGUACAGUGCAGGGAUCGUCACCAACACUGACCUGUUCGUGUGGAACGGUAAAGAUGUUUGUGGCGCUACCGUCCAAACUGGAGCCGAGUGGGAACCAGUGUUGCUGACUGUCGUUCGUCCCUCUUUGGGGGAAGAUGAGGCGCAAAACGGGAUCGACUGCGACAAAAACGGGGAGGACUUUGAAAACGGGGGUCCAGGACUUAAAAGGGAAGCAAGAGGGUUUGCAGGUGGUGCGACCCUCGGGGAGGUGAGGGAGGCGCUCGGGGAGCAUAAGGAGAGUCUGCUCUGCCAGGAGCAUAAAGACAGAAAGAGACAGGAGCAGGGGGCGGGAGAGGGAGGGGGCGCGAGCGGGUGGAAAGUGUUCCCCCCUGACGACAUGCAUCGGACUCUAAAGGAGCUGUCGCUGAAAGAUGGAGACGCCCUGCUGGUGUUGCAGCCGGACUUGUUUGACAGCAGCGUGUUCACCAGGAACGGAGAUGUCGUCACCGUGACCACGCCGUCAGACUGCCGCUGGCUCCAGGUGGAGUUUCAACCACAAUUAAGAGGAGGUGAAGAGGAAACGGACGAGGAGAGGAAGAGAGUCAAAGUUUCAGCCACAGGGAGUAUGCUUCUGUGUGAAGUGAAGCAGAGAGCCUUGGAGGAGCUGCAGCUGCAGGAGCAACCUUCAGGUGUACCGUACUGUCUGAGGCAGGUGGACUGCGCAGGGAAACUCCUUCCUCCAGUGUGUGAGGAGCUGAGUGUUCGGGACGCAGGAGUGCGACUCAUGACCACGCUGACUCUGUGUCGAGGAAAUGGCCCCAAGCAAUCACAGCUGUUCUUGCACUUCACUGUGGGUUCUGCUCCCUCUGCUGGCAUGGAGAUGGACAUUAUUGUGGAGAAAACUUGCACUGUCAAAGACUGUCUCAAAGCCAUGCUGGAUGCUGUUGGGCUUGAUGGUACCUGUUGGCACUUAAGGAAGCUGGAUUGGUGCGAGGAGGUUGGAGAACCACUUAUGGAGGAGGAGGCUUCUCUGUCAGAGCUGAAGAUCAGCAACGGAGAGACGUUGGUGGUUACAGAGGGACUCUUGCCUCCAAAGGGCUUUCUCAAACUGUCUGUUUGGUUGUUUGUGGAUCCAAGAAAUGUGGAGGCAGAUUUUAAUCACACCGCUGAUGGUCCUUCAGAGGUGACUGCAGAUGAAACGCACAUCCGGUCACCUCCUGUCUGUGCUGGGAACACAAAGCUGAGAAACGUGGGGCAGGUUGAGAUAUCCGAUGAAGCCACGCUGGACGAGCUCAAAACUCAGGCCUUGACGCUGCCGAUGCUUCAGGACAUGUUUGUACCGACCUCUGGGUUUCUUCGCGUGUGGCAGAUGGAAGGACGGAGGCUGGCUCGUAUUCUUCGAGGACAGAGAGUUACACUCAGGAAAUUGAAACUGACCAGUGGUACGGACAUUUGUGUGCAGCAACUACUAAAGGGGGAAGAUCUUGGGCCUAAGCAGAUACUGCUGAAUGUUAAGAUGGGAGUUCCAGGGGAGAAGCAUUUCUACCCUUCAGAGGAUCUGGUUUGGGAUGCAUCCCAAGAUUCUUCCCCUCGCUCUCUGUACACAUGUCUAGCUGCACACUAUGGUCUCUCACCCGAUGCUCUGCUGCUGGCCAAACAUCAGCCAGAGAAACACACAUGGCAACAAAUGUCCAACUGGACCCAGCAUAUUUCCAAAAAAAAGAAGAAGAAAAAGGCAGAAUCGCUUCUAGGACCACCAUUCCACCUCAAAGAUGGCGACGUUAUCGGCAUCAAGAAUCUCUUGAUUGACAACAACAGGGACUUUAUCACUGCAGAGGACGAGCAGGGUCAGCAGAGGCUCAGGGAACAGGCAGUGCAACGCAGGAAAGGAGAGUCUGCAGCCUGCAACGGCGCCGGACAAACCAAACUGAGGAAGCCAGAGGUGUCGUUGUCAAUCAGCGUGGGAGUUUUCAGAUAGUAUCCUUGUUUUCAAGGGUUCACGGACAAACCAGGGCUUCCAAUGAGGCGCAGUGAG